CCAGCUCCUCUCUCUGCCUUGCAGCUCCUGCCGUGCCCCGUGGGAGAUGGAGGACCCUGUGGUUCUCAGCUACAAGGACAGCCUGCUGAGGCAGUCGGACGUCGCCUUGCUGGACCCCCCCAACUGGCUCAACGACCACAUCAUCGGCUUUGCCUUCGAGUACUUCGCCCACCACCAGUUCGAGCUCUUCCGGGACCAGCUCUGCUUCAUCAGCCCCGAGGUGGCUCAGUUCAUCAAGUGUGCCGACAGCCUGGAGGAGGUGGGCAGCUUCCUGGAGCCGCUGCAGCUGCGGGACAGGAGGUUGAUCUUCUUCCCCAUCAACGACAACUCCUACCAGCUGGCCGGGGGCACCCACUGGAGCUUGCUGGUGUACUGCAGGGACAAAGACUGCUUCAGCCACUACGACUCCCGCGGCACCUACAACUCCCUGCAUGCCAGCCAGGUGGUGGACAAGGUGGAGUUCUUCGUCCGGCCCAGCCGGGGCAAAACCAUCGUGGUGGAGGAGCUGGUGCCCAGCCAGAGGAACAGCUACGACUGCGGCAUGUACGUCAUCUGCGUGGCCGAGGCCAUCUGCCGGCAGCGCUACGACGACGACACCAGCGCCUGGCAGUGCCUCCACAGCCCCUCCUACGUCACGCAGAAGAGGGCCGAGUGGAAAGCUCUCAUCGCCAAGCUGGCGCAGAAGUGAUGGAGCUGCAGCUCCGGCGCCUCCCCUCCACAGCGAGACCAAACAGCUUCCUUCCCCCGGCUGCCAGGCAGCACCCCCAGUGCCUAAGGAUGAUGCCCACCUGCAGGAUUGUCCCAAAGAAGAAGAAUGUAACCCCCCUCCAGCAUGGCUGCAGCCCCACACACAGCCUCUUCCCUCCUGGGAAGCCUGAGUCCCCUCUGGCCUCUGAACUUCCAACCAGAGCAGUCACUCUGAGAGCAAAGAAACCCUCCUGUCCACAGGGAAAGCUGAUCCCUGGGGGCACUUAGAAGUAUAGAAUGAAGCAGGUUGGAAGAGAGCUCCAAGCUCAGCCAGCCCAACCUAGCACCCAGCCCUGCCCAACCAACCAGACC